UUGAAACGCAUCAUUGCCUGCUUGGAUGAAGCAAACUUUCAGUUUGAAGAGACUUGCCUGUCAUUUGUGCCUACAUGUCGCAGACAGUUGGAUUGAAGAAAUUUGCGCUCCAUGGCGUUCCUGGUGGAGUUGUGCAAGAGCCAGCAUUUUUUCCUUCCAAUUUUUCACGCAGGCCAAGCCCCACCUGCCCAGGGAUUCAGGAGGCAGGGAAAGGGCGCUUAAGCAUGUGACAUUUUCCCAUCACUGAAGACACAAAUCGCCAAAUGCGGAGAGGUGGGCCGCAGGAGACGACCUUGGUCACCGCAAUAGCUGAUUUGUCAUUCCUGAACAUACGAAUCCCUCGAAAGCAAACUAAGCCAACCGGAUGUCAAACCUUUCCUGUUGAAUUCUAAUUCUCGCCUGUUUUUCCCGGGUAUUCUCGCCUGACGUGUUUUGACGCAGAAUUAAAAAAUGGAAUGAACAAACGGCACAUGCAAGAGAAAUCUCAAGCAUUAAUUAUUCAGGGAAGAUGUCUUAGACCUGCUUUGCCAAAUUGCGAUUCUUGCCUUCGUGGCAUUUCUGAAAUUUCUUGCCCGAAUCGGCAGUCAAGCUAUUUUUCAGCUCGCCAGAAAAAGUUAUCAUUCUGCCCAUUCACCCCCAAAUCUCUGCCUGUUGGAGGUCGCAGGUAUAAGAACCAGGUCGGCCCCAGAAGUUAUGCCUGGAUUUGGUAAGAGAACGCUCGUGCAACGUCCUCACCAGUGGAUGUGAGACAGCCUGAGUGAAAGACAAGUGACGUGGACUUGCUGCAAGGAUGGUUAGGGAAUGCUUCACCCUGCGUCUUUUCCCUUUAUAGGCUUUGUGUAGAUUGCAUUUCCUGAUGACGCAGCUGUGAGUGAAGCUCGGGACUGCAAAUUCGGGAGCGAUUAGGACGCCACGGAACCGACGCGGAAAAGCCUUUCUCCCAAUGGCCUGCGCCAGCCACCCAGGGUCCUCAACACUGCGACCGGAGCAUUUUUGAUAAGCCAAGCUCCAGGAUCGAAUUUUUCCAUGACUAGUUAAUUCAUUUUCUUUGGGGCAGAGGCCGGGCAGCAACUUCACGCAGAUCCGCCCAGUCUGAAAGCACCGGUACCGGUAUCCUUGUCCUUGUGUGUUGCAUGCAGGCCCUCAAUUCCAGCUGAGGCAGGGUGUGCCUGCCUUCAUGUUGUGCUCCGCAUUGCCAGGCUGAGCCGGCUGGCCAAAAAGAAGUGGCAAAACUUGGUGGACAGACCGACAGGUGGCUUUCAAGAAUAGCCUCAUGCACCUUCCAGUAGCCCGUCCCUCAGGUUUUAACCCAGCGGUUUGCCCACGUGCUAGGCCCAAAGUUUAAUUCAUUGAGAAAUUUCGAAACGACGGACAAGUUCUUGCUGUUGGAGAGGUUCAGAAGACCCAUGUGGAACCUGGGUAGGGGAGUGGGGAAAAAGGAGCUCGGAAUUCCUUUUGGAAGAUUUGGAAGUUGCCAACUUGUGGCCCCUCAUUUGACCCCAUAAUAAUGCGCGUUUUGCUUAAAUGUUUGGCUACAAAUUUAUACCCUGCCACCGUGUUUUUUAACCCAGAAAAAUUCAGAAGUGACUUCAAGUACGACUUGCCUCCAGCUUCAAAGUUACAGGACAACACACUGUCACCACAGUCCCAAACCCACACAACAGCCAAUGGGAAAAAGAUGGAAAAAACAGUUGUCGCGUGCCUAGAUGGAGGAAAGAAAUGUCAACCCACAGUCUCCAGAUAGCUGGUUUCUGAUGGAUAGAAGGGCCGGUUGAGCAUUUUGAUGUAGACUUCGGGGAGUGCAUUUGCCACAUGCACCCGCCGUAUUUGAGAAGAUGACUUUUUACGUGUCGUCGAGAAAGUCGCCUUGGGGUACACCGUUCACUGCACCAGCGGAGGACUGUGAGCCAGUCGAGCCCGUCCUGCAAGACAUAUCCCGAAGAGGUGCGAAGUGGUGGCAAGUCAAACCCAUAGACAGAUCAGCUUGGCUGAGCAAGUGCGAAGGGGGUCCAAAGUGCAACGUGUGCCCGUUCUUAAGCGACAACCGUGUUUACAUUCAUCAGUCAGGCGUUUGCUUGUAGGAUCCUUUAGGCCCCGAGCACAGUGGAGCAGCUGCCUGCCUCUUCAAAGUUUAUGGAGCGCACGUUAGGCUUUUGUUCUUGACUCACAAAACAUCCCUCGAAGAUGAUGACGCGGCGGCCGUUCAGAGCAUCCGCAAGCUGUGCGGCUUUCAGCAAAUGUCUUGUCAUGUACUUCAUUUCGCGAUGAAGCCGAGACAUGAAAUCUCCGAAAUUCAUGAAAUUCCAACCUAGUGGUGAGAAGUUGAAGUAAAGCAGGCCGCUCAUGGGCUGUCUCUAAUUCUACCUUCCCCAUUCCCAAUAGCCGUCCCUACUUUUGCCCGUUUUAGAUGUAAAAUCUUCAGAAAAUGAUGCGGGGGACCACCAACGCCUGAGAAUAAUAGCAAAGUGGACAUCACUCAAGGAAAUGCAUUCCCGGCCACGAUCUCUUCGAACCAGGGCCCCGAGAAAGUUAGCUUCGAAAACAUGCAGUUGAGCACACAGGGAAGUGAACGGCAGAAGAAGGACAUUCUCAAGUGUUCCCUAGGGUUUGAACAACUAGUCAUUGAGAGGAAGGCAAUUUCCCGGGACCAGAAUGACACAGAGAUCCUUGCAGAGCUGAUUGCCAAAUACAACAGUUUCAAAGCGAAUGCUGCCAUCAAAAAUUGGCAGAUAUCACCGCAACGACAAGGAAUCGAAAGAUGGAAAACGCUUCCACUAACAUUGAAUGUGCAAAAUUCUCCAAGUUCCCUUUACAUCUUUACAGAAACAAUGCCUCUAUUCCGAAAAUGCGUAAAGUUCCAGGCAGGCAUUUUUCAUUGCAAAAGUUCUUGAACCUAUCGUGGCCCUGUAGACAGGUCUGAAAACCGUUUCAAAACGUUUCAGCAAAUUCAGAAAGAUUCCACUUUCUAAUGUGGUGAUGAUGCCUGCGGUGAGAACCGAUUCUUUGCAUGAGAACGAUUCUGAGACCAGUGCGUUAGUUUUGGACAUCUUCCCGUCAUUCUCAGCAUGCGUGUCUAUCUGCACAUCCAGCCUACCUUUCCCUACCCUGUGUGGAACCCUACCGGCCCACUACGUCCAGGUUCUGUGUCGCGCAUUUUUUU